CAUUUCCUGUGACGGAUCGACACUCCCUUUCUUUCUUGGUUCGACGAAUCCUUUUGCCCAGCAUCUACGACUGUCGCAGUACCUUAAAAGGGUGUGGCGCAUAAUCUCUGAUAUCAGGAGGAUCAAACAACAAGGGUGUCUCUCCCAUCAACCAAUUAAUAAAAAUGUCAAACACAGCCAUCGCAUCAUGCGUCGCGGGAGCCGCCUUUCUUUACCUUUACCAUGUAAACCGCGCAAUGAUACAGGUCCCUGAGGAGGUGCGCCGUCUUUCUCCUCAUCGCUGGACGGUCGAGGAAAUCAAGGCGGCGUAUGAGAAGGCCGCGGAUUCUCCUGCCGACAUGGCCGGCAGUCUCCCGCCCAAACAAAGCCGGCGUUAUAUCGUCACUGGCGGUUCUGGCCUUGUGGGGAACUGGAUCGUGACGCAUCUUCUUACUCGCGGGGAAGACCCCGCUGCCAUCCGAAUUCUGGAUCUCCAGGCGCCGAGUGAUCGCAUCCUCAAUCAGGGCGUAGCAUAUAUCAAAACCAACAUUGUCGACGAGGAAUCCGUGCAGAACGCCUUUUCCGCACCAUGGCCGCAGGCCGUCGCCCAACAGCCAUUGUCCGUCUUCCACUGCGCCGCGGCGAUCAGGCCCGCAGAGCGAUACCGGUGCUUCCUCCCCUUAUGUCGCAACGUCAAUGUCCACGGCUCGGUCAACGUGCUCAACUCCGCAAAGAAGUACGGCGCCAGCUGCAUGGUGGCCACAUCGUCAGGCUCAGUCGGCGUCCACCGCUCAUCGUUCUGGAUCGCUCCCUGGAGCAGCACCCCUCGAAACCUAGCCCAAGUCGUCAGCGACUCGACCCCACUACCCAAAUCACACGACGAGUUCUUCGGCAACUACGCCGUCGCCAAAGCCGAAGCAGAGGGCAUCAUCCGCGACGCCGACUCCCUCGACUCCAACUUCCGCACCGGCUGCAUUCGCCCCACAAACGGCAUCUACGGCAUCGGCGGCGACACCAGCGCAACCGUCACAGGCCAGUACCUCCGCAGCGGCGGCAGCCCCAGCUGGACCUACGACGUAGUGCACAGCUUCGUCAAUGCGGAGAACGUCUCCAUCGCGCACCUGCUCUACGAGCAGCGCCUCAUCGAGCACACCGCUAACCCAACCACUCUGCCCAACAUCGGCGGCCAGGCCUUCGUCAUCACCGACCCCAACCCCCCCGUCAACUUCGGCGACGUCUACCGCCUCCUCUCCACCCUCUCCAAGUCCCCCGUGAACUUCCCGCGCGUCGCCCCCGUGCCAUUCCUUCUCCUCUCCCACGUCCUCGAGUGCUACGCUGUCCUCCAACACAAGUACCUUCCCUGGCUGCUUCCCCGGAUCACGGGCGAUAUGGCCCAGCUGCAGCCUGGGCUGUUUUGCAUCUCCAGUGUGCACACUGUCGGCGACGACUCCCGCGCUCGCAAGUCCCCUGCCCAGGGCGGGCUGGGCUAUUCGACGCCCCUUACUACGCUGGACGGCAUGGCUAAGCAGCUGGAGGAGUGGAACCGGGACUUGGAGCCCAAGGAUGCCGCUGCUAUUGAAGAGAAGGACUACGUGAAUGUUAGCUCGGAUGGAGUGGAGGUUAACCUCGCUGCUCCUUCUAGGAAGCUGUGAGCCGCAUCCUGAUGAAUUUUGCGGUUAGACUAGUCGUCUGGUGAAUAUGGUGUUCCGCGAGUUGUAUAGAUCAUAUCAGUAUAUACUCUGCUUAUCAUGCAAGUAAUACAGCCACAACAGCAUCCAGUGAGAAAUGCAAAACUUUUCAACCAACACUCUAUUUAUGCCGCUAUGUGCUGGUCAGUAUGAUGCACUGUCAAAGCUACGUCGCGAGUCUCUUGUUCAUGCACACGGUAGG